AUGGGUGGCAAGAGAGGAGGGUCUAAAGGUGGCGCCAAUAAGCAGCAAGCUGGCGCUGUGGAUACCGGGGACGAUCCUACGUCCUCACAAUAUAGAGUUAACGCUUGUAUAGUAUUAGCCGAGAACUUCGAUGAGGGCUGUCAAACUAAUACAAUAUUCGGUGAAGGACCCGAGGUGGAUAGGAUAGCGGGGCUCCUACCUUUGCCUGGUGGCACCACUCUACUUCAACGUACUGUCGACUUAGCCCUAGACACCCUCAAUCUGGGCAGUGUAUAUGUCCUAUGCCGUCAGUGCAACACGCCAACAGUAGAAGACCAUCUUACACGUAGCAAGAGGAUGACUGUUAGUAGUGUGCCGGAUACAUGCUCGUCCAUUUGCGAAGUACUUCGGGCAUUCGGUUCCGGAGUAACUCAGUGCCCAUUGGCUCAGCAGGAUUUCCUUCUCUUGAGGGGAGACUCCCUAGCACAGCCACGUGUUGUCAAGCCUAUAUACGAUAGUAUACUGGAAUACCACUCAUCCAGGAGGAAGGUGUCCAAAUCGGAAUAUCUUAUGACAAGGAUCUUUGUGUCGGCUUCGACUGAAUCAACGUCAUCUGACGAUAUUCUAACGAACAUAGUGGUGGGUACAGGAGGUAUCGGGGAUGCCAAGGGAGAACUCGGUGAUAACCUGAAACAGCAGGGUAUCAUGACCGGAGAGUUGCUGCACUGGUCGGCUGAGGAGUCGUCCUCCACAACCGUUGGACUGUCUGAGCCUCUUCUCCACUGGGGAUUCGGCUCCACCUCGAAGUUCCAGGAGAUACGCUAUCGAACAGGGGUACAAGGCGAUGGUUCUCUAGGGGAUGUAUUCUCACCUGAUGUAUUCCGCCUUUUGGAAGAAGAAGCCGACUAUAAGUCUCUUCGGGACGACUUGGUUAAACUCACUAUUGGUGCCAAAUUUGAUGAUGGCGUAUGCCCCUUUGGGAUUGGUGCAUGCGUAGUGCCACCACUCCCACAUCAACUGGUCCGAGCCACUAGCCCACAUAAGUCACCUAGAGACUUCCUAACCCCUUGGCCCAGUCAUAACGUAGAGUCCAGGCAUCUGUUUGGUAGCAAGGAUUCUAAAUGGGGUAUUGGUGGCCAAGCAUGUAGCGAUAUAACUGAGGUUAAUGGAGAAGUCGCCUUCAUUGAUACGAGGGCCACCAUUGAUGUAUCAGCUAAACUCCAGCAGUGCUACAUUGCUCCUGGAGCUACGAUUGGAGCAGGGGCUGUCGUGGAGAGUAGCAUUAUAGGGCCGGAUGCUGUAGUAGAAGCAGGGUCUAUUAUCAGAAGGUCUAUCCUCCAUGCCCGAUCCACUGUAUCACCAUCGACAACUAUCGAGUGUGUAGUGGUCCCUCCAGAGGGCACUAUCACUACAUCGGUUAGGGCCCCUCCAGUGGAUGGAAUCACCAUUGAGUCCCCAUUGCCGGAUACAGCCCAGGCACUUGCUAAAAUGGAGGCCGCUAGAUCAUCUAGGCCGGGGUCUGUGAGUACUGAAGAGCCUAUCGAGGAUGACGAUGAUGUUGGGGAGUCGUUGAGUGGAGACAAUGCAUUCAAGAAGGGCUUCAGGACUGAGGUAUAUGCUUUCUUUAAGGAGGGCUGGGACGAGAAGCAGGAUGUAUCACAUGUGUGUCAGCAGUUGAGAAUAUAUCGGACUACAGAGCAGGCCCCUCUACCAGAGUUAUUGACGGCUACUGUAUUGGCCCUUGCACGAGUAUGCUGUGAGAUCCUUACUACUGAUAGCAAUAGUAGCAAACCUAAACAGCCCAUCGUGGCAUCAUUCUACGAGUAUUGGGAUAAUGCUCUUGAAGAGCUUUACUUGACAGAUCAGUCAGGCCUCUCAGAGUGGUGGGUAGAGGCUCUGGAUAUUCUUUGUGAUGCUGCCUGGGGUUCCCAAUAUGGAGAGGACUUCAAGCAGGAAUGUUGUCUGUUUAUAUGGGGCAUGUACGCUAAUGACUAUUUGAGUAAGGAGGACCUCUUAGCAUGGUGGAGUCGUGCCCCUGAUGCAUACCAAGAACUGCCCCUAAUGGCGCAGUUGAUAGGGCAGAUAGAGGAGGAUGAGGAUGAGGAGGAGGAGGAAUCCGAUGAUGAUGACUCAGACGACAGCGACUCUGAAUAG